ACCUGAUUUCUUAUGCUCAGAUGUUUAUUAUCUUUGAUUUUUAUACACCUGCAUGAAUUUAUUUCCCAAUGCCCAUACAAGUAUAAAAGUUAUUCGCAAAUUUUUAAAACCCAUCAUUCUCAAUUAUAACUUCAAACACCGCAAGCAGCAAUCAAAAAUUAUAAACCAUGAAGGGAGUUUUGUCGAUUUUUUUGCUCUUCUCAGUUUUAUUAGCAGUAACAAGUGCUUAUCGUGAACCUAUACAAAGACCUAGACCAAAUCAACCUGGAUUUCCCAAUUUUCCUGGCCAAGGGCCAUUUAAUCCGAGACCAAGACCACCGUAUCCAAUAAGAAUGCGAAGAUCUCCUGAGCCAAAGAAAAGAGGAAAGAUUACAAUCGAAGCACAAAAAGAGGGCAAAAAGUCAUCAUAUAAUGUGGAUUUAGGACACGAAAUUUAUACAAAUAAACAUGGUAGCAUUAGCGUUAAUGCAGGUGUGAACAAAGACCCAUACAGAAAGCCACAAAGUCACGUUGGAAUCCAAGGAAGUUUUAGAUUUUAAUUUAAUAAAAAUGAAAAAUAAAGUAUCAAACAAACUCAAACAUGAAUAUAUUUUGUAAUAUUACCAAUUUUUAAAGAUUUGAUAAUAAAAUGAAAAAAUAAAAUUA